AUGAAUUACUUUGAAGACGGGAAAGACCAAGUCCUUGAUGAGAUGGCCUUUGACGAAGGCCAGGAAUUUGAGUUCCUCACUGCUCUCUCCGAAGACGACUAUCCCAAGCAGGAGACCAUAUCUGGCUUUCAGCCCGAGCCCGCUCAGCACGUGAACUUCAAUGCUGAUGCGCUCUCUGCCGACCAAGUCUACUGUCAGAUGUCCUCAGAAUUGCCCGCGGGCGGUUCGGGCGGAAGCUCGGGACACAGCCAGUACCCCUUGUUUGGAACUGAACCGGAUCGUUCGAGAGUGAUUGACGAUCAAAACGUAUCAACACAUUCGUUCAUUGGCUUGGUAUGCCCAAAGGACGCGGUUGACUUUCCCAUCGUCGAGGAAGGGAAAGAGACCACGCAGACGGAGUUUGAAGAGGAGGAUAUACCCCUAGGGAACGAUGAAAACUCCUGGUAUGGAGUCUACUUCUGUACUCGGCCUGGGUGUGACAUAUUGUUUUCCACACCUGGCGCUAGGAGGAAGCAUUUCAGGACCCAUUGCACACCUGUGAUCUGUCCGGUGUGCCCGAAGCGAAUGGCCUGGCAGAGAGAUAUGAGGAAACACUACGAUACUCAUUUCAAGCGGCCGCAUUACCAGUGCCGGUGUGGAAAGGAUUACUCCAAAAUGGAUAAUCUGAACAAGCACAUCAAGUCCAAGACGACAUCACAGCAGAUGGUACAGACGAAACCCAUGCGACCGAAGCUUUAA